AUGUGCAAGGAGGGGGAGAACUGUCGCUACUCCCACGCCCUCCCGGACCCGGAGGAGGCCGGGGAGGACCGCGGGCCGUCGUCGCCGCCGCCCCAGGCCCCCGAGGAGGAGCUAGGCCCCGGCGCGUUUGCGGCUGCGCACUACGAGCCAGAGAACCAGCCUCAGGAAGUGGCGUGGGCCCCUCCUCCUGCCUCCUGGGGCGCCUUGCCUGGGAUUUGCUGGGUCACUGACAGGGGCUCCUUGGAAGCCGAGACCGACGAUUCAGCGCUCGGAGCUGUGGGGGGAGCAGGUGCAUCAGGCUGGGAAGCCGGUGCGCACGGCUGGGAAGCCGGUGCGCAUGGCUGGGAAGCCGGUGCGGAAGGCUGGGAGGCCGGUGCAUCAGGCUGGGAGGCCGGUGCGGAAGGCUGGGAGGCCGGUGCAUCAGGCUGGGAGGCCGGUGCGCGAGGCUGGGAAGCCGGUGCGGAAGGCUGGGCAGCUGGUGCGCGAGGCUGGGAAGCCGGUGCGGAAGGCGGGGAAGCCGGUGCGCGAGGCUGGGAAGCCGGUGCAGAAGGCGGGGAAGCCGGUGCGGAAGGCUGGGCCGCCGGUGCAUCAGGCUGGGAAGCCGGUGCGGAAGGCUGGGCCGCCGGUGCGCACGGCUGGGCGAAUGCCACUGAAUUUGUUCCCGGGCAACCGUACUGGGGCCGCGAGGUGUUCCCCGCCCCCGAGGUUCCCCAGCAGAACUUCGAGAUGGAAAGGGAGCCCGAUGCCGCGGGCUCGGGGCGACGGCUCUGCCGCGAUGCCGCCACGGGGCAGUGCUUCCGCGGGGAGAGCUGCGCGUAUCUCCACGGCGAGCUGUGCGAGCUGUGCGGGCGGCAGGCGUUGCACCCGGCGGACGCCGCGCAGAGGGCAGACCACCUCCGCGCCUGCAUGGAGCGCCACCAGCAGGAUAUGGAGCUCUCCUUCGCCGUGCAGCGCAGCGCGGACAAAGUGUGCGGCAUCUGCAUGGAGGUGGUCUACGACAAAGCCAACGAGGGCGAUCGCCGCUUCGGCAUCCUCUCCAACUGCAACCACACCUACUGCCUCCGGUGCAUCCGCACCUGGAGGACGGCCCGCGAGUUUCGGAGCAGGGUGAUCAAAUCCUGCCCGCAGUGCAGGGUCUCCUCGCGCCUGGUCAUCCCCAGUGAGUUCUGGGUGGAGGAGCCGGCGGCCAAGCAGGAACUGAUCCGGCAGUACAAGGAGGCCAUGCGCACCAAGACCUGCAGGAUUGACUCAGUUCUAGGCUAGUGUUUGCAGGACUUCCACACUCAUUGUGAAGCCCCUCGAGAGUAAAUGGGACAGGGUGAAGGGAGAAGUCUUAACUGAACAGAGGACCUUUGUGCUGCUACAGCCUUAAGAAAGCCGGACCCAUCCGGGGGGCCCUGGGCAGCUGCUCCCUCGUCUCCGCUGUUUACAUGUGUGUUUUUUCCCCCCGCCCCGAUUCAAGUGCCCUUUCUUACCUGUGGUGACCUUGUGGUUUUUUGUGAACCAGGUAUCUAUGUUUACAUGUUCUCAUCCUGCUUAACUUGAUGUGAAAAGUAUUUCUACUUGGAAGUAUCUAUUUCAGAACUCGGCGUAUCAGUCUGUGUGCGUAGAAGUGAGUAUCCAAGUGAUGUAUUUGAGCCCUAGCCGGUCUGGCUCAGUGGAUAGAGCAUUGGCCCGUGAACCAAAGGGUCCCGGGUUUGAACUCCGGUCAAGGGCAUGUACCUCGGUUGCAGGCCUGAUCCCGGCCUUGGUCCUGGCGAGUGCAGGAGGCAACCAGUC